UCUGAGAGAAGUGCCGACGCUGCAGCGCCUGAACCCGGCGGAGCUUCACCCGGCGGCGCCUCCUGAACCGCAACCAGCCGUGCGACUUCCAGCGGCGAACAUGGCCAAAGUGAACAGCGGCUCCUCCGGUUGUCGGGCCAUGGUGUGGGCCGGAAGGUACCUGUCGAGCCCCGCUGCCCCGCCGCUCGCCCGGAGCUCCGUCCAGCAGCAGCAGCAGCAGCAGCGGAGGAUGAUCCGGCUCCAGCGGCGCCUGGUGAGCUCCAGCGCGGCGGGCACCGGGGGCAAGACCGCGGCUUUGGCCCAGCAGGAGUACCCGGGCUCCGUGUCCGCAGCCGACCGGCACGUCCUGGCCAACCGGAACCUGAUCUACCGGGACGUGAAGGCUUUCCUGAACGAGGUCGGCGGGGACCCCCGGGAGGCCCGCUACUGGCUGACCCAGUUCCAGAGAGCCACGUCCGCCCAGGCUGCAGCCUUCGCCGUGCUGGAGGUGGACAGCUCGGUGUUCGACAGCAGGGACGCCGUCCAGAGCUUGGCCUUCGGGCUCUCCUUCCUGCAGCGGAUGGAUAUGAAGCCCGUGGUGGUGAUGGGGCGCGGGGAGGCGGAGCCUGCGGAGGCGGCGGCGGCGGUGGGCGGGGCCCGGCUGGACGGGCGGCUGGUGGAGCGGAGCCAGCGGCUGACCGAGGCGCUGCAGCAGCACUCGGCCACCGUCCUGCCCUUCUUCUCUGCUGAGGCCUUCCUGCUCCUGCAGGGGGCGCCGCACGCCGGCAGUGGUGUUCCCCCCUCCGUCGCCGUGGACACCAGCCUCCUGCAGUGGAGCCUGGACUGCGGCGCGAUCCCGCUGGUGUGCCCGGUGGGGCGGGACGAGCGCGGCUGCUCGGUGAUGCUGGACCCGCUGGAGGUGACGGCGGCGAUCUCCAGAGCCCUGCAGCCGCACAAAGUGAUGUUCCUGAACAGCUCGGGGGGCCUGCGCAGCCCCCAGCACAAGGUGGUGGGCGCGGUGUCGCUGCCCGGCGACCUGCCCGCCCUGACCGCCGCCUCCUGGCUGAGCGCGGCGCAGCGCCGACGCGUGGCCGCCAUCGCCCGCCUGCUCAACCACCUGCCCGGAGAGUCUUCAGCCGUCAUCACCUCCGCACACACCCUGCUGACCGAGCUGUUCAGCCACCGGGGCGCUGGGACCCUCUUUAAAAACGGAGACCCUAUACACCGGUACAGCUCCCUGGACAACAUUGAUGUGGAUCGUCUGCUGACUCUCAUCAACAAGUCGUUUGAUAAAACGCUGAGACACGACUACAUCGCCUCCCUGAGAGGCCGCCUGCACUCCAUCUACCUGUCUGAGGGCUACAGCGCGGCGGCCAUCAUCACCCAGGAGCCGGUGGGCGGCGGCACGCCGUACCUGGACAAGUUUGUGGUGAGCAGCAGCCGCCAGGGCCAGGGCACCAGCCAGCUGCUGUGGGAGGUCAUCCGCCAGGACCUGGGACGCCUCUUCUGGAGGUCCAGGGCCACCAACCGCAUCAACCCCUGGUACUUUAAGCACUGUGAUGGUAGUUUCGUUAACGGCGUGUGGACGGUCUUCUGGUUCGGUCUGGAGGACAUCAGAGACUCCUACAGGCUGGUGGAGUACGCCAAGAGCCUGCCCGACUCCUUCCACAGCGCCGCCUCCUCCUCCUCCUCACCAGCAGGGGGCGCUGCGGGCCCCCAGCCGGCCCCCGGCCCGAGCCCCCAGCCGGCCCGGGACGCCCCGCUGGCUCCUCCCGGCUGCUGAGGCAGAUCUCUGUGGGUUCAGACUGCGGAGGCUCUCGGCUCGUCUUCAGGCUCUGCAGUUUGUUGGGGACUCUUUAGGUUUUCUCUUUUUCUGUUUAUUUAUUGUUGUUUCAGGAGUUCUGGAACUGUUUGGCUCGGGAUUUUUUUUUUAAAGCUCUGCAGCUUUGGGAUCAGCAGGAGAAACCAAACAGUCUCCCUUUUUUUCAGAGUUUAGGUUGGUUACGUGUUUCCUGGCGACAUGGAGGUUUGAGGUUUGAGGUUUGAGGUUUGAGGUUUGAGGUUUGAGGUUUGGAGGUUGCCGUGGUUUCCCAGCUGUGUGACAGACAUUUGGACUUCAGUGAAAACCUGCUGCUGUUCUGACCAGUCCAGAGACCGACCGCCUGCUGACCAGCUGCUUUCAGGGCUGCAACAACAUUUCAAUCAGUUAUUUUUUCCAAUAAGUCAAUCAUUUCCUUUGCCAAAAAUUCGUCAACACUGAGAAAUGCCCGUCACAAGUUGCACACAGAAGGUCUUAAAGUGGCUUCCUCAGUUUGACCAGCAGCCUUAAAAAACCAAUCUGAAAAUGUCAGAUGUAUAAUAAAGACAGGAGCCAGAGAAAAGCCCGCAGGUCUUUCACCUGGAAACGUUUCCUGCUCUUUCUUUAGGACAAAUGACCUGAAAACAAUCGGACUAAUUCUCAUUCAGGGACUAACGUGUCUGACCAGGUGCUGUUGCUGUGCUGAGCCUCACUUUAUUCCAGCGUUCCAGCAAAUUACAGACGAGAUGGCACUUUUUUUUUUUUUAAAGUAGUAAUAUUUUAAGUACAAAGUGCUAUAUUUUAUAAAGAUUUCUAGUUUUCUAAGGUUGUAUGUGCCAUCUUCUUAUUACAACUGUUUUCUUGAUACUUGAUGCAUUUCAUAAGUUGGAUUUUUUGGGAUGCUGUUUACAAUUUGGUGAUUAAAAUAUAGUUAAAUAUA